AUGGAACACUUGCUGUGGGUCGAGAUUUUACUUCUGAUCGGCUACGCGCUCAUGUGUCUGCUGAGUCUCUUACUGAUUGUUUACCUCAGAGUGAAUCGCCGAGAGGCCUUCAAAGGGGACCCUCACGCUUCUCGGAAAGUUAUUCUUCCAGCUUUUGAGCCUCUGCUUUGGAUUCUCGCGGGUGUGACAGGCAUCUACGUCGUAUUUUUCAGUGUGGCACUCAAGAUUGAUCUGUAUACGGUCGAGUUCCCGCAAUUGGAUCGAGAGUUCUUUUACUGUGGACGCAUGUUUGUGUUUACAAUCGUCCUCGUGUUCAUGUGUCAAAAGAGCGUCUCGCUCCCUGCACUUCGGUGCUGCGUCAUCAAAACGUUGCUGUUGUCGUCGUAUACGCUGCCAAUGGUUGCGCUCUUCUCCGUAUUCGCGCCAUCGCGAGUAAUUUUACUUUUCUUCAUCAAGCUCGCCACACGACCACUGAUACUAAUUUUUGUAGUAUACAUGUGUAUGAUUCGUCCUCCGGCAGGUCGAGCCGAUCCUUGUGUACUAUGCAAGCACGGCUGGUUCAUCAUCACGUAUCACGUGAUUCUUGUCUUCUACAGCGUCUUUCAGCAGUUUAAUCCGGACUCGAUAUGGUAUCCCGUUACAGCAUAUAUUAUUCUCGUCUGGAGCGCCAUGUGUCCUCUAAUGAUAUGGAAAAUACUACGUGCCGAUACAGAAUACUGGCGAGGAAUGGGGAAACGAGUCUGCUCGUUUCAAAACGCGGCCUAUCACUCGCAACCACGAUCACGCUUGCAGAAUGUAUCGACUGUGAAUGAGGACAUCUCGUCUCGUGGAAUUCAUGUUCUCAUCGAAGCACAUCGAGAUUUUUUAAUCGAUUUCGCACAUUUGGAACUCAAGAGAAAAAUAAGUUCUGGCAGUCAAGCAGCCAUGUUCAGUGGUUUACUACGCUCAAAGAAAGCGGUGGCUGUGAAAGUGUACACGCCUCAACAUUUCACUGAAGAAGUUGUAGGUGAAUUUUCACAUGAAGCAGCACUGUGUGCAGCCUUGAGCCAUCCCAACGUUGUCGAGUUCUUCGGAUUGUGUGUAUGCCCUCCCACAGUUUGUCUUGUCUCGGAACUCUGCCGAUUUUCUCUUGAAGACGCGCUAGCCAUGGGAGGAAAUACUCUCGAACGGAAACCUACUAUUUGGUUUGGUCACAAGAACGAAGACGAUCAUGACAGUUGGGACUUGCAGCGAAUGCAGUUAAAUAUUGCCUUCAUGCUUGAUAUGUCCCGUGCUGUGCAAUACGUACAUAGCUUCUCGCCACCAUUUUUGCAUCGUGACAUAAAGCCCGCCAGCUUUCUUCUCGAUCAAAAUAACAAUUUGAAACUCUCAAAUUUCAGCGAUUCACGAAGACUACCAAGUGAGAUCCCAGUUUCUAAUGCUGGAUCUGCAAAACUACAGCCCAAAAUGACAGUGAAAGGAACAGUAGAGUAUAUGGCGCCAGAGAUGGUCAGCAGUCGUACUGGUCUCGCUGCCUAUGCGGAGGCUGCUGAUGUGUACUCGUUGGCCAUCACCUUUUGGGAUAUUCUUUACCCACAUCGCGAAAAAUACCCAGAUACAGGUAACAACCACUUGCUUGUGUUCGAAAGUGUGUUAAGGGGAUCCCGUCCACCGAUUGACGAGGAUGAAAUAAUGAACGAGGCUGUGCCACCGAGACUACUUGAACUCAUUAUUAGCGCUUGGAGAAGUGAUCCGAAGACACGUCCGACAGCUCAGGAAUUGGUAGUGGAGCUCGAACAAAUUCAAGAGGAAGUACUUGCCACACUUGCACAGGGUCUCGUCCCUGAAGAUGCUGGUAAUGUUGAGUCUUCGGUCAAAAUGUUCACUGGGGAGUAUGCGGUUGAUCGCAUGAAGGAGCUGAGGGUAAUUGCGUCCAGAAGCGAGGGAAUUCGUCUCGGUCGUGCGCUCAUGGACGCUGGAUUUCUGCAUCAUUUCGAGCAUCUGUGUGGUUUUCAAGAUAGCAAAACAACUUUAUAUUUUCUCGACGACGACAACAUCAACUUCUGUCAACCGCUUGCUAUCUUGGAGGAGUCUAUCAGAGACUCUGACGAUGCGCUUCGUUCGCCGCAAAGUUCCCAGUUGCAAUCUCCAACGUCGACGGUGAAGCUUAACAAGCGAUCUCGCCUGAUUUCUCACCUAACAUCGACAUUCAGUCGAAGUACAUCCGAUAUUGAUACUGUUGGACCAUGUUCGUGUCGCUUGCUUGGCCAGCUUCAAGCGAUUCCGAAAACUCCCUCAAGCGGUCGACAUCGUCGAAGAAAACAGCGACAAACGUUCACUCGAAACAGCAAUAGCAUGUGCAGCAACGGAAGCAGUUCCAUCAGAGCUACAACACCAACAAGAUGGCAACGUCGCCGAAAAAAUGAACCAGAGAAUCCACUGCGCAGUAAACUGCUUGAUGACGAUCAAGACCAGUGUAUUAUUGGCAUCAUGCUCGACAGCGAAGAAGUAUAA